AUGGAUACCCACAUAAAAUGGAAAGUAAAACGGAGGCUAAGGGACGUGCUACUCUCUUUAGCGACAAUUCUGCUUUUUAUUACUUCGCAAGCCAGUUCAGCAGAGCCUGCAGAUCUGUUGAAGAUUUUAGACUUUCACAGUUUGCCUGAGGGUGUAACGAAAACGACAGGAUUUUGCACGCACAGGAAGUCAUCGAAAGGCCCUGAUGUGGCAUACAGAGUAUCCAAAGACGCUCAACUCAGUGCCCCUACCAAACAGCUCUACCCUGCUUCUGCAUUUCCGGAGGACUUCUCCAUCUUGGCCACAGUGAGGCCAAAGCGGGGCAGUCAGUCCUUCCUGCUAUCUGUGUAUAAUGAGCAAGGCAUUCAGCAGCUGGGUUUGGAGGUGGGACGGUCACCUGUCUUUCUCUAUGAGGACCACAUGGGUAAACCAGGCCCCGAGGACUACCCUCUCUUCAGAGGGGUCAACCUGGCAGACGGAAAGUGGCACAGGGUGGCUAUUAGCAUCCAUAAGCAGAGUAUCACUCUAAUUCUGGACUGCAAGAAGAAAGUGACCCGCCCACUGGCACGAAGCCCGCACCCCAUCAUCGACACCAAGGGCAUCAUUGUGUUUGGGACACGCAUUCUGGACGAGGAGGUGUUUGAGGGUGACAUCCAGCAGCUGAUGAUCGUGGCUGAUCACAGGGCUGCGUAUGAUUACUGCGAACACUACAGUCCGGACUGUGAGGUCGCUGCUCCAGACCAGCCGCAGAACCAGGACCCCAACACUGAUGAAUAUAACACAGAAGAUGAUAACUACUACUACGAGUACCCCUAUUAUGAGGAUAUGGACUUUAAGGCAACGCCCCUUCCCGAUGAAGAGACUGCUACAGAGGACAGGGUGGCUGUACCAGACAGCGGCCGUGUUGACACCUCAAGAAAAGAAGUCAUCACCACGGUGAAGGGAUCAGGAGGGUCUAGCAGUUCUUCGAGCGUUUCCACCACCACCGGUGAAGACACAUAUGACGGAUACGAUGGCUAUGGAAACUACGAGACAUAUUAUGACGAAUCCACAGCAUCUCCGGACACAUCUCGUACCAUCACCAUCACAGGCACAGGUACAGGAGGUGAACUGGAUCUGGGCCUGUCAGAAACUCUGGACCUCGGAACCGGUCGAGAUCUGGAAAAAAAAAUCAUCACGUCCGUAGGAGUUGGAGGUGGAGCUGCAGGAGGAGGAGCUGUUGACGGUUAUGACGACCAGUAUGGGACAGGUUAUAACUACGGUGAAGGUUACGGUGAGGAAUACAGUGAGGGUUACGGUGAAGGAGAAUACACCGUAGGAGGCACCGGGGGUGGCAGCAGGACGACAGGCAGCACUGGGGGAGGAUCUGUCAGUGUUGGAGGUGGUGUCUCUACUGGAGGCAGUAAGGUCCUUGUUGGGGGUGGAUCUGUAUCUGUCGGCGGUGGCACGGUCUCUGCUGGCGGUGGCUCGGUUACCGUGGGCGGUUCAGCUGGAGCUGGGGGAGGAUCUGCAAGCGCGGGGGCAGGCGCGGGAUCUGUCGCCACGGGAGGUGGACAAGGAGGAGUCGGCGGAGAGGCGGAUUACACAGACCUGGACGGAUUUAAGGAGGAAUCAAUUACAGAUUACACCGAUGAGGACCUGAAGGAGGUCUAUGAGGACUAUUCCGAAUUUUAUACCGACCAGGAAAAAAAACUCCUGCCUGCUGAGACUGAUGAGUACUACAGCCAGGUGGAUGGAGCCCGUGGAGAGAAGGGACAGAAAGGAGAGCCUGCAAUCAUUGAGCCUGGAAUGCUGGUGGAGGGACCACCUGGUCCUGAGGGUCCAACUGGUCUGCCAGGGCCCCCAGGUUCCUCUGGCCCCCCAGGCACUCCUGGAGAGCCAGGAGAAAGAGGUCCUGCUGGUCGCCCUGGUUUGCCUGGUGCUGAUGGUUUGCCAGGACCCCCUGGGACUGUCCUUAUGUUGCCUUUCCGGUUCAGUUCUGGAGGAGAUUCUGGUCAGAAGGGACCUGCUGUAUCUGCACAGGAGGCUCAGAUGCAGGCUAUUAUGCAACAGGCCAGGCUGGCAAUGCGAGGUCCUACUGGUCCAAUGGGUUUGACUGGUCGUCCUGGUCCUCUGGGCCCUCCAGGUGUGGCUGGAAUUAAAGGUGAAUCAGGAGACGCAGGACCACAGGGUCCUCGAGGUCCGAUGGGUUCUCCUGGUCCUCCUGGGAAGCCAGGCAGAAGGGGACGUGCUGGUUCUGAUGGGGCCAGAGGUAUGCCCGGACAAACAGGACCAAAGGGUGACAGAGGUUUCGAUGGUCUGGCUGGUUUGCCUGGUGAAAAGGGCCACAGGGGUGAGCCCGGACCACAGGGACCUCCUGGCCCAACAGGAGAAGACGGCGAAAGAGGCGACGAUGGAGAAGUCGGACCCAGGGGUCUUCCCGGCGAGCCGGGUCCUCGGGGUUUGCUUGGACCUAAAGGACCUCAAGGACCACCUGGUCCUCCUGGUGUGACUGGAAUGGAUGGUCAUCCUGGACCCAAAGGAAACAUUGGGCCUCAAGGUGAACCAGGCCCUCCUGGACAGCAAGGAAACCCCGGUGCACAGGGACUUCCAGGACCUCAGGGCCCCAUCGGACCUCCGGGAGAGAAGGGCCCCACUGGAAAACCAGGACUGCCAGGAUUACCAGGUGCUGACGGGCCGCCGGGCCACCCAGGAAAGGAAGGCCCAUCUGGUGAGAAAGGACACAUGGGGCCACCUGGUCCUCAAGGCCCAAUUGGAUAUCCAGGACCCAGGGGUGUGAAGGGCGCUGACGGAGUCCGUGGUCUGAAAGGGAACAAAGGAGAAAAGGGAGAAGAUGGAUUCCCAGGUUUUAAGGGGGACAUGGGUAUCAAGGGAGACAGGGGAGAACUUGGACCUGCUGGACCCAGAGGUGAAGAUGGCCCUGAGGGACCUAAAGGACGUUCUGGUCUUCCUGGAGACCCUGGACCACUUGGACCAACAGGAGAGAAGGGCAAACUUGGUGUUCCUGGGUUGCCAGGUUACCCUGGAAGGCAAGGUCCAAAGGGUUCUCAGGGAUUUCAAGGAUUCCCAGGAGCCAACGGAGAAAAGGGAACUCGGGGAACAUCAGGAAAAUCAGGACCAAGAGGUCAGAGGGGACCAACAGGACCUCGUGGAGAGAGGGGACCAAGAGGCCCAACUGGGAAAGCAGGACCAAAGGGUAACUCAGGAAGUGACGGCCCCCCAGGACCUCCCGGUGAACGGGGACUUCCAGGGCCUCAAGGACCCACUGGAUUCCCAGGACCCAAAGGACCUCCAGGCCCUCCUGGGAAAGAUGGAUUGCCAGGACAUCCUGGACAGAGAGGAGAGACAGGCUUCCAAGGCAAGACUGGUCCUCCUGGACCUCCAGGUGUAGUAGGACCUCAGGGCCCAACAGGUGAGACCGGACCAAUGGGAGACCGUGGUCAUCCUGGACCCCCAGGACCUCCAGGUGAGCAAGGUCUACCUGGCCCAGCUGGCAAAGAGGGAGCCAAGGGUGAUCCUGGUCCUGCCGGGCCCACGGGUAAAGACGGCCCACCGGGUCUCAGAGGGUUCCCUGGAGAACGCGGUCUCCCUGGCCCAGUGGGUGCAAAUGGUCUAAAAGGGAAUGAAGGACCACCUGGUCCACCUGGCCCUGCUGGUUCUCCCGGUGAACGCGGUCCUGCUGGUCCAGCUGGCCCCACUGGUCUCCCAGGACGACCUGGACCCCAGGGACCUCCUGGUCCGGCUGGAGAGAAGGGUGCCCCAGGAGAGAAAGGACCUCAAGGACCUGCUGGUAGAGAUGGCAUUCAGGGACCGGUUGGCUUACCAGGACCUGCCGGACCACCUGGACCACCAGGAGAAGAUGGAGAUAAGGGAGAGAUUGGUGAGCCAGGACAGAAAGGAAGCAAAGGAGACAAAGGAGAACAUGGUCCACCUGGCCCCACUGGUCCCCAAGGCCCUGUUGGUCAGCCUGGCCCCGCUGGUGCAGAUGGAGAGCCAGGUCCCAGAGGUCAACAGGGUUUGUUCGGGCAGAAGGGAGAUGAAGGAGCCAGAGGAUUCCCUGGACCCCCAGGACCUGUUGGCCUUCAGGGUUUGCCUGGACCCCCUGGUGAGAAAGGAGAAACUGGUGACGUUGGUCAGAUGGGCCCUCCUGGUCCUCCUGGCCCCAGAGGUCCCCCAGGCCCUCCAGGAGCAGAUGGACCGCAGGGUCCCCCUGGAGGAAUUGGAAACCCAGGUGCAGUUGGAGAGAAGGGAGACGCAGGAGAGCCAGGGGAGCCUGGUCCACAGGGAGAUGUCGGUCCACCGGGUCCAAGAGGAGAACGGGGGGAGAAAGGAGAGUCUGGGCCUGCUGGUUCUGCUGGACCUCCUGGUCCUAAAGGUCCACCUGGAGAUGACGGUCCCAAAGGCAGCCCUGGUUCAACUGGUUUCCCUGGUGAUCCUGGUCCCCCUGGAGAGCCUGGCCCAGCUGGUUUAGAUGGUCCCCCUGGUGACAAAGGUGAUGAUGGAGAGGCCGGCCAACCUGGUUCCCCUGGACCAACUGGUGAAUCUGGUCCAUCUGGUCCCCCAGGAAAGAGGGGUCCUCCUGGUCCUGCAGGUCCUGAAGGAAGACAAGGAGAGAAGGGAGCCAAGGGAGAACCUGGUUUAGAGGGCCCACAGGGAAAGACAGGUCCAGUUGGUCCUCAGGGAGCUCCUGGCAAGCCUGGUUCUGAAGGUCUCAGAGGCAUUCCAGGCCCAGUGGGAGAACAAGGUCUUCCCGGUCCUCCUGGCCCAGAUGGACCUCCUGGACCAAUGGGUCCUCCAGGAUUGCCUGGUCUGAAGGGAGACUCUGGUGUUAAAGGUGAAAAGGGUCACCCAGGUCUAAUUGGACUGAUUGGACCUCCUGGAGAACAGGGAGAGAAAGGAGAUAGAGGACUACCUGGACCACAAGGAUCCUCUGGACCUAAAGGAGACACUGGUAUUUCUGGUCCUGCAGGGCCUCUUGGACCGAUUGGACCUCCUGGAUUACCGGGACCGCCGGGACCCAAAGGUGCUAAGGGAUCUUCUGGUCAAACAGGUCCUAAAGGAGAAACUGGAGUUCCAGGACCCCCUGGACCACCCGGACCUCCAGGUGAUGUCAUCCACCCUCUGCCCAUCAUGUCUUCUCCAAAACGGGCAAAACGGAACAUCGAUGCCAGUCAGCUGAUGGAUGAUGAGGCAGAUGCCAACUAUAAGGACUAUGAAGAUGGCAUGGAGGAGAUCUUUGGCUCUCUCAACUCUCUCAAACUGGAGAUCGAACAGAUGAAACACCCGCUGGGUACCCAGAAUAACCCAGCACGCACCUGCAAAGACCUGCAACUCUGCCACCCUGACUUCCCUGAUGGUGAAUACUGGAUUGACCCAAACCAGGGCUGUUCUCGAGACUCAUUUAAGGUUUACUGUAACUUCACUGCAGGAGGAGAGAGCUGUAUCUUCCCUGAUAAGAAGAGUGAAGGAGCUAGACUCACAUCUUGGGUAAAGGAGAUUCCAGGCUCCUGGUUCAGUGAAUUCAAACGUGGUAAACUGCUCUCGUAUGUGGAUGCAGAGGGUAACCCCAUCGGCGUCGUCCAGAUGACCUUCCUGAGGUUGUUAAGUGCCAGCGCCCGGCAGAAUCUCACCUAUAACUGUUACCACUCAGUGGCUUGGCACGACCAAGACCAGGACUCCUACGACAAAGCUAUCCGCUUCCUGGGCUCAAACGAUGAGGAAAUGUCCUACGACAACAAUCCUUACAUCCGAGCUGCCGUGGAUGGCUGUGCGUUGAAAAAGGGCUAUGAAAAGACUAUUCUUGAGAUCAACACACCCAAAGUGGAGCAGGUGCCAUUUGUUGACAUCAUGUUCAAUGAUUUUGGCGGAGCAACACAGAAGUUCGGUUUCGAGGUUGGCCCAGCCUGUUUCAUUGGCUAAGACUAUUCACUGAGCACUCAAGAAAAAAAAAAGCAAACAUAUUCAUUUUCUCAGAAACAAAACACAAGAAAGAAAUAGGACAACUUAUUUGUAAAGUUUUGUGUUUCCAAAAAAACAAAGCACAUUUCGAUAUGAGGAUAAAAGAAAUUUGAAAGCAAUAUCAGAGUGGAUUCCGUUCAAAAGAAAAAAAAAGGAAAAUUAUGAAAAAAAAACAGCAACCUUGUAACCUCAGUGUAAAUUCUCCAUCACAUGCAAGUUUUGAAACUGGAUGAGUUUGAUGCUGCCUAGCUACCCUACCCUUCUUUGUCCCCUCAUUUAAAACCCUAGACCUCUACCCUGACACCCAAUGUCCACCCAAACAUACAAACUCAGCCCAGUCUCUGUCCUCAGACCCCUCUCUGGUCUUUCAGAUACCAUGCUUUACCCUUACUGUAUAGAAAUAGUCGAAUCAAGACUCGAUUCUCCUCCAGCCUGUGCCAAAAUUCUUCCGAGGGUGGAGGCCAAUUCACGGACUCCAUUUAAUGUAGCAGUUGCUUUAUUUCAUUAUCCUGCUCUUGUGUCUCCAGUUUUUUUUUCUUGUCUGUUUGUUAGCUCAGCAAAUUUCAU